AUGUUCGAGGAGUCCGAAGAGGAUUCUGACUACUCGGAGGACAACCGCAAAACUAAAUCAAAGAGGAACAGAAAAUCCUCAGAGAAGAACUCCAGGGACACGAAAGAAAAAGAUUAUGAUCGUGGACGGUCUCGGUAUGAUUCUCCGGAUAGAGGAAACGACAGACCUCAGCUGAAACGGUACACGUUGAUGAACGAUGACGAAGAAUUUAACGCAUCGCCGAACGAAUAUUACACGGAUUCCGAAGAGGAGGAAAAUCACCAGAAGGACAGGCGAAAUCACCAGGUCAAAGAAGAAGGAUCGAGCUUUGGACGAGACCAGAUCGUCAAUGCUUCUGUUUUACGACCGUCUCGGUCGAGACAUGAGCCGACGAACAUGCAAGACGAGGACGUUACGCCAGGGAACGCGAUGAACUUCUUCAAGCAAAUGGCGAAGAAGAAUAACGCCGGUGGAGGAGUCGUAGGAGGAUCAGCUGUGCCAGCUUCUGUCUCAUCUGCGGCAUCGAUGUUUGGAGGACAAGUUCGAAGGACAAUGUCACGUGGCGAGAAUCGCGACAACUCCGCGCCAGUUGGAAUUUCAAAGAUGAAAUCCGUCGCCAGAGAACGAUCGGAGAGCAGAGACCGGACGAACCACAGAAACCGAUCAAUUGAGCGAACGCGAACCCGCGGAGAGUCUCGCGAGCGCACCCGAAUUACGCAACGUGGCGAAAGAAUGAGUUUUAAAUUCGAAAUUAGCAUUAAUUCUAAACGACCAUCGCUACUUGCCGGACCUCAAAUAUGUCAAAGGCGAAUGCGCUAA